AUGCUGAACCUCCUCCUACCGCUCACACUCAUUGCCGGGGUUUGUGCAAAGAAGUCUGGGUCCACCAUCGGUCCUGUCGCUGAUCUUCCCAUUGUCAACGCCAAAAUCGCUCCUGAUGGCUUCACUCGCUCCGCAGUUCUCCCGGGGGGUACAUUUCCAGGUCCUGUCAUUGUUGGUAAAAAGAAUGACGAGUUCAAAAUCAAUGUCAUCGACAAACUGUAUGAUACAACCAUGGUUAGGAGUACCUCAGUUCACUGGCACGGUUUAAGCCAGCACGGAAGCAACUGGGCAGAUGGCACCGCGUCCGUCACUCAAUGCCCUAUCACGCCCGGAGGCUCCUUCCAGCAUAUUUUUCAAGCGAAAGACCAAGCUGGGACGUUUUGGUAUCAUUCUCACUUCUCGACUCAGUACUGCGAUGGACUGAGGGGCGUGUUCGUUGUGUAUGACCCGGAUGACCCACACAAAUCACUCUACGAUGUUGACGAUGAGAGCACUAUCAUCACAUUGGCGGACUGGUACCGUAAGUCAACAAAAUACCCCCCCGCGCCUCAAUACGGUCCCAUCGCUCCUCCGGACUCGACUCUAAUCAAUGGACUCGGGAGGUACUUGAAUGGAACAGCCUCACCGCUCGCUGUAGUUAACGUUGAACACGGGAAGCGCUAUCGAUUCCGCCUUGUAUCCAUAUCUUGCGAACCCAACUACAUCUUCUCCAUUGAUGGACAUGACUUGACGGUAAUUGAAGUAGAUGGGCAAAACACCGUUCCGCUAGUCGUGAAUUCAAUUCAGAUAUACACAGGGCAACGCUAUUCGUUCGUUCUCAACGCAAACGCACAUACAGACUCGUCGAAUGGAGAUGGGAACUUCUGGAUUCGUGCACUCCCGAAUUUCGGCGUAUCUUUGACCUUUGACCAGAAGACCAACUUGGGUAUCCUUCGGUACAAGCAUGCAAAGAAAGUUGAUCCCACUACCACGCAGCAAGCGAACAAUGUCCCACUCAUUGAGUCGAAUCUUCAGCCAUUGAAAGAUCCCAAGGCGCCUGGAGGGGCAUCCAUCGACGGAGCAGAUGUCGACUACAACCUGGUUAUCGGAUUUGACCCUGUAAACUUAAAGUUCACUAUCAACGGAGCGCCUUACACACCGCCGAACGCACCGAUUCUGUUACAGAUUUUGAGUGGGAAAUCCAGUCCCGAACAACUUCUCCCGCCAGAGUCCAUCUAUUACGUCCCAGCAAACAAAACCAUCCAACUCGCUUUCCCUCUUGGGGCUGGCGGUGAUACUGGUGGACCGCACCCAAUGCACCUCCACGGCCACUCAUUCUCCGUCAUUCGUUCUGCCAACAGUAGCACCUACAAUUAUGACAAUCCUGUUAGGAGAGAUGUCGUCAAUACGGGAGUGACGGGAGAUAACGUUACCAUUCGGUUCUUCACUGAUGUUGGCCCACGAAGGACGGAUAACAGCGCAGGGGUUUGGUUUUUACAUUGUCAUAUUGAUCGACAUCUUGAUAUCGGUUUGGCGGUCGUAUUUGCAGAAGAUACCCGUGGUAUUGCUAAGAUUGAUCCUGCACCGCAAUCUUGGAAGGACCUGUGUCCGGCGUAUGAACGCGAGUUUGGACCAGGGGGAGAAGUGAUCCCGAAGGGUAAUGGGACUGCGCCCCCGGCCUGA